UUGGGGUUCGCUUCCUACUGUAUUUAAUUUGGAACCAGAAACACAUCUAGCAGCGGUGGGUAGAUUUGGCCUUUGGGCAACGCAGGCCGUAGGAUGUAGAAUCGUUCAUCGACCAAACAUUUUUAUUUCUUUUAUUUUUUCAGUCCAAUUUAAAAAAAAACAAAAAAGAAAUUCGGAAAAACACAUCGCAAGGCCCCGCGGUUCCUAUUUCCGGUACGGCCCCGACUACUCACAAAGCCAGGCUUCGCCACAUCAGCAGAGCCAUCGUCCUCCUGCCGGCGGCGGUCUUUCUGACCUUACCGCGCUACCCGUGACCGCCAAGCCCGACCCGAAAGCUAAAUGUGCAAAACCAGCUCUAUUUGGAAUCCUGACUUACCUUCUUUCUCAUUGCCGGAACCAUCGCUGUAAGCUCAGUGAUCCGCUCAUCUUCUAUUUUUUUUCCUUUAACGGCAAUAUAAUUUGACUUGUAUAUCAUUCACUGCUCCGAUCUAGCUACAACUAAAUUCUUUUUAUCGUGAACCAAAAUAACAUUGGAAGAUCAGCUGAUGAUGGGAAAUUUCACAUCUUUUAUCUGGAUUGCGUUCUUUCAUGUCUGAAUUUUGUCACUUGAGCUGUCCUAUGCAUAUGCUAAGGGACAUUAGCAGUUUCCUUGGAUGGUAAGUCAAAGGAUGGAUUAUGGUAAAUGUUCAUCAAGUGCCGGGGCUCUAUCUUUAAAUAUGGCACCAAGUUUUCUGAAUCAGAUGCAUACAAAAACACAAUUUGAAGAACAGGACAGAGCUUCUGAGCUCGCCAAUACAGAGGACAUUGACAUUGAUUGUAGAGAAAUAUAUUUUCUAAUCAUGCAUUUCUUAUCAUCUGGGCCGUGCCAGAAUGCUUUGGGGAUAUUACACGAUGAAUUUGUGAAACACGAGCUUCUACCCAGGAGAUACCAUGCUUGGUAUUCACGAAGCCAAGGAUGUGGCGAGACUGAUGGGUCAUCUUUCCCUUUAAAUUAUGAUAGCCUUGCCCAACGGUAUUCACACAUUCAAAAGGACCAUUUGGUAAAACUGCUUAAGCAACUAAUAAUAACUUCACCUCCUCCUUUACAUCUUACUGGGAGAAAUACUCCUAGUGCUGCUGAUGUUCCAACACUACUUGGAACAGGACCGUUUGCCCUUAUAUCUGGUGAUAAACAUACAGUGAACAAGCAAGUAAAACAUCCUCCGUCAUACCUACGCUGGCCACACCUGCAUGCUGAUCAAGUGCAUGGUCUAGGCUUGAGGGAAAUAGGAGGCGGUUUUGCAAAACAUCACCGUGCUCCAUCUAUGCGUUUUGCAAGUUAUGCCAUUGCCAAGCCAUCAACUAUGGUGCAAAAGAUGCAAAACAUCAAGAGAUUAAGAGGACACAGGGAUGCUGUAUAUUGCGCUAUAUUUGAUCGCUCCGGUAGAUAUGUGAUAACUGGGUCAGAUGAUCGCCUGAUCAAGAUUUGGUCUAUGGAAACUGCAUUUUGCCUAGCUAGUUGCCGUGGACAUGAAGGUGACAUCACUGAUUUAGCUGUCAGUUCAAACAAUGCUCUAGUGGCGUCCUCAUCAAAUGACUACACAAUACGUGCUUGGCGCUUACCAGAUGGGAUGCCCAUUUCAGUUUUGCGUGGACACACGGGAGCAGUUACUGCCAUAGCAUUCAGCCCACGGCCGAGCUCUGUUUAUCAGCUUUUGUCGUCAUCUGAUGAUGGAACAUGUCGGGUUUGGGACGCAAGGUACUCACAGUGUACUCCCCGUGUAUACCUGCCAAGGCAAACAGAUGUUAUCUCUGGCAUUAAUGGUGUUUCCCGCUCAACCAACAUUUCUUUAUCAACUAAUUCUUUGGAGCUCCAUCAAAUACUGUGUUGUGCGUACAAUGCUACUGGAACUGUAUUUGUCACUGGGAGCUCUGAUAGGCAUGCAAGGGUUUGGGGUGCUCCUAAGCCCAAUGUGGAUGAGCCAGAUCAACCAAGUCAUGAGAUAGACAUAUUAUCUGGACACGAGCAGGAUGUAAAUUAUGUGCAGUUCAGUGGCUGUACGGUGGCUACUCCUCGAUGUUCGACUCCUGAUGUUCUUGUGGAGGACAACAUUCCGAAAUUUAGAAAUUCUUGGUUUAGUCAUGACAACAUAGUUACUUGUUCUCGAGAUGGCAGUGCAAUCAUUUGGAUUCCUAAAUCACGCAAGUCUCCUGUAAAGGCAGGACGUUGGGCGAAGGCUUACCAUCUUAAAGUUCCUCCCCCUCCAAUGCCACCACAACCUCCACGGGGAGGGCCACGACAGAGACUACUUCCAACUCCUCGUGGGGUCAAUAUGAUAGUCUGGAGUCUAGACAAUCGUUUUGUUCUUGCUGCCAUAAUGGAUUGCAGAAUUUGUGUUUGGAAUGCUAGUGAUGGUAGUUUAGUGCACUCCUUGACUGGUCACACUCAAUCUACUUAUGUAUUGGAUGUUCAUCCUUUCAACCCCAGAAUCGCAAUGAGUGCUGGUUAUGAUGGGCAAACAAUUUUGUGGGAUAUAUGGGAGGGUACUCCUAUCAGAACAUACGAGAUCGGACGUUUUAAGCUUGUUGAUGGAAAGUUUUCGCAGUAAGUAAUUACAUCAUACAUAAAACGUGGCAAUAGCUGUGCUUUGGCAGUUUUUAAGUGUCCCUUUGGGAAAUGCACUUCAGAUACCACAUUGGGCAACACUUGUUUCUAUUGUUAGUCUUUAGCCAUGGAUAAUAGGAUAUACCGUUGGUACCUACUCCCUCCGUCCCAAUUUGUUUUGCAAAAUUUCCUGUUUUGGUUGUCCCAAAAUGAUUUUCCACUUUGCACUUUUAGUAUAAAAACAUGAACAAAGUUACAUGUUUUCCCUUUCUUUUAUACGGAGUAUUUCUGAUUUUUUUAUCCGCACCCAUUCAAUUUGAAGAGGAUGGAUUCCCACCACACAUCCCCCUCUCAUUUUCCCCCACCUUUCCCCCACCUGUCUGAAUCACAAAAUCACAUCACCCAUUUUCACUUCUAUCUCUCCAUACUCAAUUCUCAAAUCAAGCCGCACCUCUCUCAAAUGGAGUGAUCAAGUGAGAUUUUCCCCCCAAUUUGAAGACGAAGAAGGAGAAACUAAAGGUAAAGGAUUUUUUCCGGCGAAGACGAAGUAGGACAAACUGACAAACUACAUACUUCUUCUACAAAUCCCAUUUUUAAACGAGGAAGAAGAAAGCGUGAGGUCGGACAGUACGGCGAAGCUGUGAAGAACCCCAUUUGCAAUUUACGGUUUACGGUGAAGACGAAGAACAAAAGGAGAGGUCGCACAGUACAAAUGUAAAUUUUCUGUAAGAGCUGUGCGGCCUGUGCCUCAUAACUUAGGGAUGGAACAUCAAUUGUCCUUUCAGAUGACGUUGGGCAAAUAUACCUUCUAAACACAGGCCAAGGCGAGUCCCAGAAGGAUGCAAAAUAUGAUCAGUUCUUUCUUGGCGAUUAUCGCCCCCUUAUCCGGGAUACUCAUCAGAAUGUUAUUGAUCAGGAGACUCAAUUGGCUCCAUACCGACGAAAUUUGCAGGAUCCUCUUUGUGAUUCAAGUAUGAUUCCAUAUCCAGAACCGUAUCAGAGUAUGUACCAACGGCGCCGGCUUGGAGCUCUAGGCUUUGAAUGGCGCCCCACUUCCAUAAAAUUGGCUAUUGGGACUGAUGUUGGUUUAAGCCAAGAAUACCAAAUAUUGCCCUUGGCUGAUUUGGACAUUGUGGCUGAACCUCUGCCAGAGUUUUUAGAUGCUAUGCUCUGGGAACCAGAAAAUGAUGUGUUAAAUGAUGAUACUGAUUCUGAGUACAUUGUCAAUGAGGAUUAUUCCAGUGAAGAGAAGGGGCAUUUAGGUGACAACUCAAGUGAUUUAGACUGUAGUGAAGAUGAGAAGAUUAUACAAUGCCAGAAUCGCAGAUCAAAAAGGAAAAAGUCAAUAACAGAAAUUGAGCGUGUGACCUCUUCAGGGAAGCGCAUGAAGAAGAGAAUAGUGGACAAGGAAGUGAGAUUAUCAAAAACUAAAAGAAUAAAAAAAUCCAGGAAUGGCCGAAAGACUACUAAGAUAAAUUUUGCAAAACCAAAAUCGUUGAGACCUCAACGGGUCGCCACACGCCAUGCAAAUAAUACUUUCCUUCAUCAUUCUGAUUUGUCUACUGGUGAAGAGGAUGAUGCUAGCUCAGAUUACUAUUCAUCAGAGAGCGAUUCACAAAAGUGUUCUUAUGCUCAGAGUGAAGAAUCUGAAGGGAUGUUGGAAAAUGAAGACAUGAAGUUUUUGAAAAGUGAAGAAACUCCCACUUCAGAUGAGCCUCCAUCGAACCCCCAACCUCAAACAAAUGUUGAAAAGAAGAGGAGAUUGGUUUUGAAAUUCUCCAUUCGUGAUGCCAAAAAGCCUGUGCCUUUGAAACUCUCCAACUCAGAUUCUGACAAUCAGACCUUUUCAGUCCCUUCUUCCUUGAGAGCUGGAGGAGAAUUUUUUGAAGAUAAUCAAAGUGAAAAGAAGUCCAUGGAUCCAGGAUUAGCUUCCUCAUAUGGAAUCGGUUCUGAUUCAUCUGAAAACAAGAGAAGAGCUGCAUGUACUGAGAUUCAAGUCCUUGAUAUAUUGUCUGGGGAUAUACAAAUGUCUGCAAGUUACCAGGACCCUGUGACUGGGUGUGGAGAUGUCAAAGCAAGCACUUCCAUGCAUACCCCGUUGGUUGAUUUGGCACACGCUGAUUCAUUCAUCGGACCUGGAGUAGAUAUGGAAAAGCACAUCAGGCUUGAGAGUCUCUAUGGAAAAGCAUCUGCAGAUUUUGUAGUUCAAGAUCAGGAGAAUACGUUGGCAGCGGAACAAUUUAAGAAAAGAAUGGGUGAUUCUGGAUGCUCUUAUAAUCAGGCACAUAUUAAAACCGGAGGUAAUAAUAUUAACACCUGUGACAAUAUUUCUCAAGUUAAUGGGAAACCUAAAUUGAAGCCAACCAUCCUCAAAAUCAAAUCAAGGAUGAUUUCUGGGGAGGUGGGACCUCCCGUGGUGCGUGCAUUUACCACACCUGUGGAUGUUUCUUGUGAGGAUGAUUCAAGAUCCAGCAGAGAGAGGAACAGAUUUCUAACAGUCUCUAAAACUGGUAAUGGCAUCAAAGAGCCAAAUUGUUUGCAGCGUGUAAACCUAGAUAUGGAUAAUACAAUUAAUGGAAGCGAGUGUAGUAGAAAGUUGUCUAAUGAAGGUGGAGUUUGUGAAGAUACUUCCAAGGAAAGUUUCCAUUACAGAAACAUGUUGAUGGAUUAUCCUGAUGCUGCAACCGAUGCAACAAGGAGAAAGAGGUCAUUAAGACUGAAGGCAACUUCAAGGGAUAUUAAUCUUGUUAACCUUUCCAAGAGAGCAGUUGAUGUUUCCCCAUCAACAGGAGUUUCAACUUCUAGGAGCAAGGGAAAAGUUUCUUACAAUGAUGAAAAGGUUUACCCUAACAACUUCACCAAUGUGCCAAGAAAAUCAGACUGGUUGUUGUUGUCGAAGAAGGAGGAGGGGUACCGCUACAUACCUCAGCUGGGUGAUCAAGUAGCAUACUUAAGACAGGGCCAUCAAGAAUAUAUGGAGUCCAGCCAAUCAUUGGAGCGUUGCCCUUGGGAAAAGCAUGGGGCGAGAAUUAGAGCUGUGGAAGUCUGUUUGGUUGAAGAACUUAAUUAUGCAACAGUCCCUGGGUCUGGAGAGAGUUGUUGUAAAAUCACACUUAAAUUCAUUGAUGCAUCUUCCAGUGUACUUGACCAGAAAAUUAAAUUUACAGUGCCAGAACUAAAUGAUUUCCCAGACUUUAUUGUUGAAAAAUCACGGUAUGAUGCGGCAAUAAAGAGAUGUUGGAUGUGUGGAGAGGAGUGUCAAGUCUGGUGGAGGGAUGAGAGUGAGGAAAAUGGUGGGAGAUGGUGGGAUGGUAUGAUAGUAUCUGUGGAGGACAAGUCAAGUGAGUACCCAGGGAGCCCAUGGGAAAGGUAUGUUGUUAAGUACAAUAGUGACCACAGUGAUACACAUCUUCAUUGCCCCUGGGAACUGCAAGAUCCAUAUUCCCUUUGGGAGCAUCCUCAUAUUGACCCCGAAAGCAACAACAGGAUGCUAAAUGCUCUCAAUAAAUUGCUGCAGCGUGCAAACACUAAUCAGGAUUAUUUCGGGAUUCUGCAGUUAAUAAAUGUAGCAUGUAAAGUGGAAUUUAUAAACAGGUUUCCUGUUCCGUUAUCCCCUGACAUAAUCCUCUCAAGAUUGGAAAAUAACUAUUAUAGAAGCUUGGAGGCUUUGAAGCAUGAUGUCAGAGUGAUGCUCGGGAAUGCUAUGGAUUAUUUUGGGAAAAAUACAGCAGUGGCAGUAAAAAUGAGGCGACUGUCAGAUUGGUUUGCCAAACACUUAUCAAAACUGUGAGAUUAUUAAAAUUCAUCUCCAGCCUCUUUUUUUGGUAGCACAAAGGAAAGCCCAUUCCGACAUCACUAUUCUUAAAUUAAUUCAUACCCGGGUGGCAAGCCAACUAUCAUCACUCACACCAGCUUGCCCCGCCCCUACAUUUUGGUUCUUCUCUUUCACGCUACAUCUGCACAAAGUAUUCUCAGCGUGGACUUUCUUAGGCCAUUUAUGUAUUACCAUAGUAACUAUAUGACUG